GAUCGGAUACUCCUACCCAGCUUAUUAUCUCUCUCCUGAGCCAAUACGGAUACCCCACCAAACGAGGUUACUAUUCCAUCUAACCUCUCUCAAUAACUUUUUUCCGGGAAAGUGAGGAGGAAAAUUUUACUAGUAAAAUCAAAUCUAGGGUUUAAGCUUGGUCCCCGAUUAGGUUAGAGAUGUCUCAGACCGGGAAAUUAAUGCCAAAUCUCGAUCAACAGAGCACCAAAAUGCUCAAUCUCACUGUGCUUCAGAGAAUGGAUCCUUUCAUAGAAGAGAUUCUAAUCACGGCCGCCCACGUCACGUUCUACGAAUUUAACAUCGAGAACAAUCAAUGGAGUCGCAAGGACGUUGAAGGAUCUCUCUUUGUGGUUAAGAGGAAUACGCAGCCACGGUUUCAGUUCAUCGUAAUGAACCGGCGCAACACUGAUAACCUAAUUGAGAAUCUAUUGGGUGACUUUGAGUAUGAAAUACAAGUUCCAUACUUGUUAUAUCGAAAUGCUGCCCAAGAAGUCAAUGGAAUUUGGUUUUACAAUCCACGUGAAUGUGAGGAAGUUGCAAAUCUCUUUAGUAGGAUACUUAAUGCAUACUCAAAGGUUCCUUCAAAGCCUAAAGUAUCUUCAAGCAAAAGUGAGUUUGAGGAGCUUGAAGCAUUCCCAUCCAUGUCAGUUAUUGAAGGUCCGCUGGAGCCAUCACCAACCGUCUCCACUGCCACUGAAGCCUCUGAAGAUCCUUCUUUCGUGAACUUCUUUAGUGCAGCGGUGAAUAUUGGAGGUGCUACUCCAAAUGUAGCGAAUCCGAGACAGACCUAUAAUUCUUCUUCAACAAUGCAUUCAUCUUCUUAUGGACCAAUUGUUUCCUCCCCUGUACCAACUCCACAAGUACCAGCCCUUUCUCUUUCAGCUCCAUCUGCACCAAUCUCACUACAUAGCACAUCUGAUUUAAACAGCAGCAGUGGCAAUCGUGUUACUAAUCUUGUCAAGCCCUCCUCAUUUUUUACUCCCCCUUCCUCAUCAUCAUCAUUGAUUAUGCCAUCUAUUUCUUCAUCUAUGCCAACUGGUGCUUCUCUUCAUCCACCCAUGAACAUACGUCCAUAUGGUGCUCCAAUGCUUCAGCCCUUUCCUCCACCGACUCCACCACCAUCUUUAACUCCUAGUUCAGCACCUCCCAUACCCAAUGAGGGGCCUGUUAUUAACAGAGACAAAGUUCGCGAUGCCCUUCUUUUGCUUGUUCAGGAUGAUCAAUUCAUUGACAUGUUCUACCAACUGCUGCUAAAGGUGCACCAAUCAUGAGUCUCAUCAAAGAACUGGCGCUUUCAAUCAUCGAGUACAAAGUUAUCUAAAAUCAAAGUCAACUAAUGUUUGUAACGGUUGGAAUAGAGUUUUGCUAAAUGCAAAGUGUCUAGGUGUAUGAUAUUAGUUCUUUAGAUUUUUUUAGGUUUCCUUAUGUCUCUUUCCAAAUUUAUCCUAAGACAUCGGAGACUUUUAAAGUGUGUGACAAACUGAAGCUUUGUAGGUAAAGAGUUCCUAAUUGGUACUGAGCUUUAAUAUAAUGGUUAUCCUUUAUAAUUUUUUCCUGGA